GUCUGAAUAAGCACAAACCCUACCGCAGUACCGCCUACCUAUAUAGCCUUCCAUCGCAAAACCCGCGGCCCUCUCUCUCCUUAAAAACCCUAGCGAUCUUGCGACCACUUUCGAAAGCAGCCUCCUCUGUUCUCCUUUUUCGUCGCUCCACUACUGAAUAUGAAGGUGAUAGCCGCAUAUUUGCUCGCUCUAUUGGGUGGCAACCCCAACCCAACAGCCAAUGAUUUGAAGACUAUUCUUGGAUCAGUUGGAGCCGAGGCUGAUGAGGACAUGAUUAAGUUGUUGUUGGAUCAAGUCAAGGGAAAAGAUCCAACAGAACUAAUUGCUUCUGGUAGGGAAAAGUUAGCUUCCGUACCUUCUGGUGGCGGUGGUGGUGUUGCUGUUGCAGCAGCUCCUGCUUCUGGAGGUGGUGCUGCGGCUGCUGCUCCAGCUGAAGAAGCGCCUAAGAAAGAAGAGAAGGUUGAAGAGUCCGAUGAUGAUAUGGGUUUCAGCCUUUUUGAUUAAGAGGAUGAUUGCUGGUUCAUAUCUUGUUCGUUUUUGGGUCGCUCUACGAUUAAGGAUUAUGUAGUUGGAUACCUAGAUAUUGGUUUUUUUUUUUUUUUGAACUUUUGGUGGACAAAUUAUGUCUAGUUUUAUAUGAUUUUUAAUCGUAUUAUGUAGUUGAAUGCCUUAAUAUUGAGGUUUUUAACUUUUGGUGGACAAAUUAUGUCAAAAACUCUUAUAUGAUUGUUAAUUUUAGUUGUUUGGGUUCUGAUUUGAUCGA